GGUGUUCACAAGUUGUCGAGACAUCGUGUUGUGCACCUGAGUGACAUCCGCAUUCUAUCACCGACCAUGUUAAAACUAGGCUCUCCGGAGUUGGAAAAGUUAAUCAUCGGUCAGCAGGAUAGUUUAGUGACGAAUCUACCAACACCUACGCAGAUUCUGUUUCCAAAGGCAGUGACCGAGGCCCAAGAAUUGUACGCUCGAGGUUUCAUCGACGCUCUGAACGAGUUGCAUCAUUCGGACAGCUCGCAGGAACCUGGUAGCAUUUAUGGAGCUACGUAUACGACGUUAGAACCACCUAACAGCGUGCAGAGUACAGAAUCUUCGGUGAGUCAAGGUCUGCUACAGAUCAAAGAUGAGCCUCAAACGGUACCUAGCGUGUCCAGUUCACCCCCGAUGUCUCCUAUCGAUAUGGAGAAUCAGGAAAGAAUCAAGCUGGAGAGGAAACGUCAGAGGAACCGCGUGGCUGCGUCUAAAUGCCGCAGGCGCAAGCUCGAGCGCAUCUCCAGGCUGGAGGACAAGGUUAAGCUGUUGAAGGGCGAGAACAGUGAAUUGAGCGCGGUGGUGCAUAGGCUGAAAGAGCACGUGUGCCGGUUGAAGGAGCAGGUGAUGGACCACGUGCACUCUGGCUGCCAGAUUAUGGCGGUCUCGGGUCAAUUCUGAGCCGAUUAUAUCGGACGGGACUCUCCGACGUGUAUUGUUUCGUCUGACGGUGGCUCUUGCUACUUUUACAAACGUGGCAAUGUUGUUCCCCUUUGUUGGAGUCGGAAGCUUCUACCAUGGAACAUCGAUGUCGUCGUUGAUAUUUGUUUACAUUUGACUACGAUCUCUCGUUUGCUUUGUUGUUUUCGGGAAAAGGGGACACGGUGAUGAUCGUGCGCGACGGCGUGAGAAGAGCUAAGCAAGACGAAGAAAAAGAAGAAGAAGGGAGUGCCUUGGUGUGCUGGGCGUGAAAUAGAGACUCUUUUCUUAAAAAAAAAAAAAAAAAGGAGAGCGGAACAAAAAGAAUAAGGAGAUAAUAAUCACCCCUAUACGCGUGUCUCUUCUUUGUGUGUGCCUGUUUUUCAUGCAUACAUGUGCACGAGAAAUGCAUUACGUGCAUGUGUAUAGGAGAAUGGUGCGGAGGGGAAAGACGGAUGAAGAAAGAGAGAGAUAAACAGCUUCGAGAAGUACGCCGAUGGGAAGCAGAAGUGGGGAGUGAAGAGGGAAGGAAAGGAUGGAGAAAAAGGAGAGUGGGUGGGACUUCGCGGAGAAGAGUGGGACCUUGCAAUGCGGCCAUUUUGGAGAACUUGGCGAGUACUGGCGGGAGAUUCGAAUCUCUCAACUGUUCUUUCUAAAAAUUUACCGAUCGUAUUAUGUACAUUCGUCCGGGGGAAAACGAUCAAAUCGACGGUAAUAAUCGAUCGAAGAUCUUUCGAGAUUCUCAUUUGUCGGGUGCUUUUCACGCUCAUUCAUCAUCUUCCUAUCGAUUUUUUAACGUUGUACCAUCCUCGGGUUUUCCCCCUGUCGGAGGAUAAUAAUACUUCUUUGCAUUCUUUGUAAUCAAUCCACGGGACAUUUUUCUUUUUGCGAUCGCCUCCGUCCUUUUUCUUCUUCUUUUUUCGUUUUGCAAUGAAUGCGUGAAAAUCUGGUGAGCUAAUAUCGGCGUUACAUUAUUCAAUACAGAUGGUAAAGGUCCAAGUUGCGGCCUUUUCACCUAAGGUGCCCGUCGCUGACAUCCGUUUAACGUAAGGUUACGUUUCAACUGGCUCACGUUGUUCUCGCGAUUCACGGCAUCGUAGACACUCUAGUAUCCUUGUAGAACGUUUGCUUUAUCAUCGAAAACUUCGCACCAUUGAUGCCGAAUUAGGGGCUUUGUCUCCGUGUCAAUCGAAAGUUCAUAGCUCUGGGGACGAACCGUGCACAUUGGAACACACUCACCGACGCUUGGAAAAGUGCGAUCGAUCGCCUAUUCGUCUUACCUGCUCGUUUCUGUUUUACUCAUUAACCCUUUGCCCUAUAAUUUAAGUCCCAACAGCGCGUGCCGUAACCAUCGGCAGGGUCGCGCCAUUUCACGGUCUGGCUGAGCGUUCGAAGUUGUGCAAGGUACAACUAAUUUUAUGUUGCCAGAUGUUUGAUAAAUAAUUAUUACCGAUUGAUAAUUGGACAAGAUUUUUAAGGGUAUCUUGCUAAUAUUUUUCAAGAAAAUAUAUUUGUACGUCCGAAUGCGGCCAAGAAAAAAAAAAUGUUUGUCGCAUGUACUACGAGUCUAACUCGACGUUGUAGGUUAAAGGGCUAAACGCGGUGAUUUCAACGCCAACAAUUGGUUCCAGGCGCUACUCUAUUUUAUACAGCCUUUAGAAACAAUGGUGGUACUUGGUCACAAAGCGAGAUUGAACGGCCGUUCCCGGCCACAAGGUCGAUCGCAGUCGAAAAGAUGAAAUUAUCGAAGAAUUCCAUAAGCUCGCAUUUAAUGAAAAAGAGAAAGAAAGAAAUAUGAACUCGAUGUAGCUCGAGACAUCUCUCUACAGCAUCUUCGAACGACAAAAGUUCGUCGAUUCCCGUGAAUACGCACCAGAAACGAUUAACAUUACUAGAAAGCUCUUGUUUCUUAAUCUCUCGCCUCUUGUUAGACGUAUUCGACACAUUUGCCCCUUCCAAAAGAUGAGUUUUUCUUAGUCUUCUUGCAUUUUAUUUUCUCAGAUGUUACACUGCGCGUGAACACGUGUGUAAUAACGGCUUUUCGUCUUUUAUAAUACACCUUACGAGUUCUUCAAACAAACCGCGCUUUUUAUUAUCAUUCGAAUAAGAGAAAGAGGAAAAAAUUAUACUGCGUCGAAGGCUGGACGUAGGUUCUGUUAUCACGAAGCGAUAAUUCGCGACCGCAACGAUUGCCACGAAAUGCCGGGCCACGCGAGAAUUCCCUAGAUUCUCGAUAAAUCAGGCGAAAACUGUUGACAAAAAGAAAGAAAGAAAGAGGAAAAAGAAAGCGAUUUCUUCGGAAGAUUUCGUGGUGACGAUAAAUCCUUACUAUACAAUAGCACACGCAUUCGUACUAUUUACAGUCUGUUCUAGAGGUGCACACGCGCAGAACAUCACGUGUAGUGAGUCAUUGUUGUGUUGACAGUUGAAGCAAAUCGUGUCGCCGUCCGCAUCCGAAACCGAGACGGACAAACACAAGUUUCAACUGUGUGCGACGCAUUAGCCACCACUGCACGGAACACACGCACUUUUUGCGUCCCAGCCUCGACUUGAUUAUGUAACGAUGAGUAAAAAACCAGGCACACUAGAAAGGAGUGCUCGGAUAGAAAACGCGUUAGCGACGCAUUGACCCUUUAACCUACAACAUCGAGUUAGACUCGUGGUACGUCCUUCGAGAUAAACAUAAAAAACACGAAUUAUACUCGUAGUACGUUCUUCGGGCCAAACAUAAGGAACACGAGUAUAUAGUAACAUAAAAUUAGUUGUACCUUGCACAACUUGGAACGCUCAGCCAGACCGUGAAGUCAGCGCGACUGUUGGAACUUAAAUCGUAGGGCAAGGGGUUAACAUUAGAACUACCGAACUCAUUAAAAUAAAAUGAACUUCGUAUUAUUUGUACAAUUAAGGUAAAGUUACCUUAUCUGACAAAAUUAAUAUCGGUUGUCAUUGAGACAGAAUAUAUAAUUAUAUUUAUUUUUUUAUUCUACCGUUUGAAUUCUAAUUACUUUUUAAUGAUUAGUAGUUCUAUCGUUAAAGGCAUUCGUUUCUCGCCUAUCGAUACGAUUCAGCCACGUGCUUUUCGUUGAAAAAUUCGCUCGAAUUUCCUUUCGCUUCUGUGUACGUGGCGCAAUCGUGUCCACGAUACUCUCCGUGAAAAAGCUCUGAAUCUUUCUCUCUGUUUCAUUUAUUUUCCCGUAGCUUUAAGCCGAUACUGCGUGUUCCCCCUCGGUUUCAAAGACAUUGAUACUUUCGUCACUGCUCGCGUGAUUUCACUAUAUUUUUUGCAUCAUCCUAUAUCAAGCCAUGUAAUAUCGGAAAUUCUUGAUUUCUCAGUUUAACGUAACAUAACGAUUCCAAGGGUCAAACAGAAUCGAGUAUAUGCGAUAGAAGUGACGAGAGUAUCAAAUUUUGUGUCUAUGGAACUGUCGUUUCGUCAUAUGUGCAUCUAGUCUUGUCCAGUAUGCCCUCGUAACUUAUCGUACGCUGCGUGAUACACUCGCAGAUUCGUAUAAAACACGAGCAACAGACACAUGUAACACGUUCGUAGGUUUCGAUUGUGUUACCACGUGCGACGACGACUUGCAUUUAGAAGAAACGCGCUUGGGAAGAAGUUUCUUUUUUAUUACUGUACGUCAGUUGGAUAUUGAAAAGUUAGACUUGCAUCUUUCCUUCUUUCUUUCUUUCUUUUUUAUUUUUCGAAUCGAAGAAGCAAGUGGUAACAGAAUCGUACGGCGUUACCGUUGUGCCAUUACGCAAGGAAUCGCUGUAAAGAAGUUUUCUCCCGGAGUGUCGCAACACUUUUGCGAAUAGUACAAGGAUGAUCAUGAUUGAUGAGUUACGGAGAUUUUUGAACGGCUUUUCGAGCAAUAUAAUCGAGCAAUCGUGCGUUGAUUCGUUCUUUAUACGAGGAAGCGUAUUCUGUUAAGUUUUUGUGCUAACUCUUUAUGUAUUAUUGUUUAUAUUUUGCAUUGCGCAGAAUUUCGGAAAUUUGAAAAAUUGAAACAUCUGGACGUAUUGAAAUUUGGAGAUUCAGAGAUUUGAACGUUCAGAUAUUUAGAAAUUCAAUUCUUAGGUUAUUGAUGACUUUCACGUUGUAUCUUGAUAGCGUAACUUUUAUGAAUUUGUUUGGUGAUCAGUAUAGUGAAAGAUAUAGAAAUGAUUAAAAAAGGAGAAGAAGAAACGUGUUGUGAUUCUCCGUGGUUGCGAGCUCGUUUAAUUACGAGACGUAGGCUUAAUCGUAGUGUAAAGGACGAACUCGAAGCGAUUCGUCGUUGGGAGAUUGCAAUUCGAUGAAAGAACAGAAAUUUAUCCGAUAUUUUUAGAUACACGUACAUUGUAAUAAUAAUAAUAUAUAUAUAUAUAUACAUAUAUAUAUAUAUACACGUGGGAUAAUUGGAGCAAUCGAUUCAAACGAAGGGAAGGAACUAUUCAUUCAUUGUAGAUAAUCAUUGUUUUAAUUUCAAUUUCAAACAUAUCUUUCGUACGACUAAUUAUUUUUUAAAUCAUUCAUUUGUGACCUUUCUUUCUUCUUCUUCUUCUUUUUCUUCUUUUUUUUUUUUUUUUUUUAUAAAUCGAAGAAAAUUCCAAAAGAGCUUGUGUGCGCCGAUACUUUUCGCACUUUUCUUCCCCUCCUUUGACGCGCGACAUUCGGCACAUAACUUGACAAUUUUUUUAACGCAUAUUAUAUUUAUUUCUCUCUUAAAAUAUAUUAGAAUAAGCGUGCUCUGUUUUCUCUUCGCUUGAAAAUCUCGUUCGUUUCUUUCUUUUUUUCCUUUUCGAUUUAUUUCACGAGAGAUCAGCCUCGCUCUGAAAACUCUCGGCGUUCUUUCCUCAAUUAAAAAAAAUGAUCUUUCUCAUUAAGGACACAAGGAGAACGCAAGAUGGUAAAGGCGAAUGUUUAGAAGCCUUCGUUUCUAUCCUCUUUUUCUUUCUUUCACCAGCCAUGCAAUUAAAAUUAGUCGGCCAUCACUUACGGCGUGCCUUUUUCUCCAAGUGAUUUAUAAAUAGAGGAAGAGAAACAAAAAGGAGGACAUAAUUAUGACAACGACCAUCAAGGAUUCCAAAGAUACUUUUUAUCACGCGAUGUUUUCAUUCUUUCUUCGCGUACACAAUUUCUUCUAUUACUUUCUCUUCGCAUAUGAAAAAUGUGAAUCGGAUAAAAAAAAAAAAAAAAAUCAUGUGAUACGUAAGACGAUCUGAAAGGUAUAUGAUAUUUGUCUUGUUAGAAAUUUUCGAUCUGUUUUAGCAUGGCCAAACAGAGAAUAAAGGGACAAUUGGUACGAUGGAACUCUUCGUAGUGAGAUAAAGAGGAAAAGAAAAGAAAAAAGAAAUGUUUGGAAACUGAAUAACGUUAGUUAAUGAGAUAAUGUCGGAAUCUUUUUAGAAGUUUAAAGAGUAUAGGCGAGCGGAGAAAAAAGCGGUGUCACAAAGAAAAACGUAUGAAAGUAAAGAUGAAACAACCACAAUGUGAUUUAGUAUGUAAGCGAGAAUAACCCCGUUAAAGAAGAGUGUGUGUGUGUGUGUGUAUAUAUAUACAUAUAAAGACGAUGAUUGUUAUAUGUGUAUAUAUAUAUAUAUGCGUGAUAUAUAAAUAAAUAAAUAUAGUAUAUAGUACGGUGAUGACGACGCGAAGAUGAAAAAGCACCGCAUAUAUAGAGUUAUGUAUAACCCUAUACAUGAGAGUAAAUAUUGCUAUUGUAAUAUGUAAUAAUUAUUAUAAAGAUAUAUAUACGUAUAUAUGUAUAAAUAUAUAGACGUAUCUGUAUAUAUUUAUACAUAUAUAUCGGCGCGCAUACGUAUAUGUUACAUAUAUUGUCUACCGAUCGAGAAAGCGGAGAAACCUUUUUUUACAAAUAAUUUUAUUUUUGAAUGAAAUACGACGAAAAAGAAUAAAAUUUCAUUAUAUUAAAACGUAA